CUUUCAGUGUACACCGUUUUCAAUAUGGCGGUCUCCGCGGGAGUGAUGAACACAGACGCAACAAAGGACUAGUUUUGUGGUGUUAUGAAUGCAAUUUCUCAUUUUUAUGAAACACAUCAUAAAGUGACAUCUCUUUGUGUCCAUGGCUUGCCCCAAGGACCAAAUGUCAACGAAAUAAAUCAUGUUCCGUAUCGCUGCCUUGAAUGAGAGUGACAGUGGAGAUGAGAACACCACACUCUCCCAACAUGCGGCCACCACGAGAGAGGCCAAGGAAGCUGAAGCCUUCAGCCUGUACAGCCGGGCCCUCAGUCUGCAGCGGGAGGGAGACGUCACUGGGGCCAAACAGACAUUUCAGGAUCUUGUCUCUCAUGAUUUCCUGAUUGAGGCUGCCCGCAUCGUGGAGGAGGAGCAGGACAACGUGGUUCACCCCGGCCUCCAGCUGCUGUACUCCAUACACAAGAACCUGGCCGCCAUCGCUGCAGACAGGGGAGACCUCCAAACUGCCAUGAAGUCUUACCUUGAGGCAGUCAAGAUCGACUCCAGUGAGGUGACAGUGUGGUACAAGAUCGGCACUAUCGGCCUGAAGAUACAUGACUAUUCGCUCUCUAGGCUUGCUUUUGAACAGGGCCUGCAGUGCAAUCCCAACCACUGGCCUUGUUUAGAUCACGUCAUCCCAGUGUCCUAUGCCUUGAAUGAUUACUGGCGGUGCCUGUACUACAUUGCCAAGGCUCUAGAGAAGGACUGCCACUAUGAGAAGGGGAUAGCCUUGAGAGAGGAGAUGUUCCGAGAGCAGCCAUCCCUCAGGCAGGACUCCAAGGACAUGUUUGUCUACUGUGAUCCCAUCAUCUUCACCAUGAAGCUGGACAAGGCAGAUGCUGAGGAGUACGUGGAAGAAGCUCUGGCCAUGCGAAGAAAGAACCGAGAACUUGCCAAGAAACCUCCGCCCCCUGUCAUCAAGUUUCCUGAGAAGAUUGAAUCCAACACAUGGAAGUCAGUGGGGGAGGCACUGAUUGCGCUCUAUAACCACGCCACCCGAGCUGACCCUCCCAUGAGCCUCUCUAUGCCGGUCGACAUGUCGGAGUACAAGGAGCAAGCUGGGGGAGAUCAAGAGAAGGACACCAGCACUGAGAGUAGAUCUGUUAACAAGGACACUGUUCAGAUGCCAGAAACAGCUAAUGACAAAGAGACAGUAGCAAGCAUGGAUGUUGAUGGACCUUUUGAUGUGGUUGAUGGUGACAUUAGGCCUCCUCCAGACAAAAAGAAGGAUGACCAUGAGAAAGAACCAGAUGUUAAACCAGAUACACAAGCUCCAACUGAAGUUCUUUCCGAUGAUGUUAAAGUUGAACUAUCAGCCAUGGAUACUACCGAGUUGGCAGCCCUGGCUAUGGAAACUGUGGACACACCUGUUAAAGUUCCACCUGUUAAGGUUCCAUCUGUAGAGGUUGAGAUGAAGGUUGAGAUGAAGGAGGAGGUAAAGGAGGAGGUGAAGGCGGUGUUGGCAGAGGCCAUGGAUGAUGAUGCUGGUGAUGUGUAUGCCAUUUCGACUGGUCUUGAUGCUUCACCAAGUCAGCCUCACAGCCAACAGGCUGGUGAAGUGUCAGAGAGAACAGACACUGUGGUACGUUGUGCUGUGCCAGUUUCGGAGGCUAUUGUUGUAACUGUGACGAACCAGAGUCUGAGGUCAGUGCCGGGGUCUCAGUCACUUUUAGUAACAUCCCCUCUUAGAGCUACAACAGCAACUUUGUCCAGUUCACCAGUGUCUUCAGUUUCAAGUUCAACAGUUCAAGCGUCAAAGUCGCCUAUUUCCACAGUUCCAGGAUCAAUAGUUUCUGUUUUGAAGUCUCCAACAUCCAUGGUAACAGCAUCAACAGUUCAAGCGUCAAAGUCGCCUGUUUCCACAGUUCCAGGAUCAAUAGUUCCAGUUUUGAAGUCUCCAACAUCCAUGGUAACAGCAUCAACUGUUCCAGUGUCAAAGUCGCCUAUUUCCACAGUUCCAGGAUCAAUAGUUCCAGUUUUGAAGUCUCCAACAUCCAUGGUAACAGCAUCAACAGUUCAAGCGUCAAAGUCGCCUAUUUCCACAGUUCCAGGAUCAAUAGUUCCAGUUUUGAAGUCUCCAACAUCCAUGGUAACAGCAUCAACUGUUCCAGUGUCAAAGUCACCUGUUUCCACAGUUCCAGGAUCAAUAGUUCAAGGUUCCAAGUCUCCUAUUUCUACAGUUUCAGGAUCAGCCGUCCCAAUGUCAAAAUCACCUAUUUCCACAAUGUCAGGAUCAAUAGUUCCAGGUUCCAAGUCGCCUAUAUCUGCAUCAGAUGCUGCUAAGACCCCGAUAAUGCGAGGUAUGCUGGGGCAUCCUCAUGUUGCACCCCACACGGAUGACCCCCACAGUCACCCCACCAAGCCACAUCCAGCAUCAGCAGCUCAGUUGUUCAGCACCCCCAAGAGCAGCCUCCUGCUCACCACCGCCAUUCCUUCUGAACUUGGAAUUCAUGUUCCUAAUCCCAUGAUGAGGUCACCUCCUCUGACGUCUGGACUUCUCAGUCCUGUGCAGUUGGUGGCCUCCCCGAGAUCCCACUCCGCUCCUGUGACUCCAGACAUCCUGACACGCAACCCCUUCCCAAGGUCUCCACCAUCCAGACCCCUGGAAGCCACCGCAUCUAAAUCUCAGUCUCUGCUUACACUAGCCUUGACCCAGCCCCCAGCAGCACCUCAUGCGUAUAAUUACCCACUGAUGCUAGCAGGUGGUGAUGCUCCUCCAACUGAGAUACCUGUUCAGAUUUCCCCGACAUCCAAAACCCUCUUGUCGCCUGUCCAUGUGUCGUACCCAUUACAAACCUCAACAUACGCUUCAAAGAUGAAACAGACAUCUCCCAUCCAAACCGUUCCACUACAGAGUACAAUCUCAAGGCAUCUGUCCACAGUCCAAGCCAUCCCUCUCCAGGCAGCGUCCUCUGGGGCCCACUCCACACUCAGCCCGGAGGACAACCAGAUGAUAGCCCAGCAGGCCGCGGCCCACACCCUCAUCGCCCUGGCCCAGAUGCCCACUCAGCUGUCUCCCCAGAGGCUGACUGCUGCAGGUGGGAACCUUGCCACAAACACACUGGCCAGCUUCAUGGCAGGAGGAUUGAUGAAGCAGUCAUCGGAGUCGGUUGUGUCAACCCCGCCGUUUCCUCUACCUGCUGAAGUAGCUCUACAGGACCACCCCAACCCUGUGUCCCGGGACUUGGGGCGGAGUCAGCCAGGGGGACGGCGGGGCACGAAGAGGAAGAGAGUCAGCAUACCGAUUGAGGAUGCCGGGAUGAAGAGACGAUCUGCAAGGGUUCGCAACACGUCGCGGAAGAAGCAGGAGGACAGCAUCAACAUGCAGGAGCUGCUGUACAAGUUCCUGCCAUCCUCCCUCCUGCAGGUCAGUGAUGACGAGGAUGACUUGACGAUGGAGGAAACUGACUGCAGUGUCACCGCCAUGGACAGUCCAAGCAGUAGAGGAGCAGCGAGACGCCCCUCCGAGGGUGCGCCGCUGGAGUCGACGGAGGAGAGGGAGGUGAAGGCGUUCAUCCAGAGAGGCAUCAGCAACUACGGCAUCAUCGACCUCCUGUUCCGCUACCUCACUACCCUCACUGACAAACACACCAUGAAGUGGCCUGAGGGUUUAGGGGAGGUCUUUGUGCAGGUGUACGACAAGCUCCGCCAACAUCUUACGUUUCCUUGUGUGUUUGGGAGUGCGGAAGAUGUGGAUAAUGAGGACAUCUGUGAGUACGGACGAAUUUGUCUGCUGUGGGCUGAGCUGAAGUUGGACCACUGGCUGUCGAUACACUCCAAGCCUUCUGGCACCUCUCCAAGAGGGGGGAUACAGUCAAUAUUAGGGGAACCAGCAACUAUGGAGGAAUUCUACCGAGAAGACUUGUGGUAUAUCACCACCCUGGCAGGCAGCAGGUGUAGGAUGGGGGAGGUGUGGAUGGAGUACGCUGCUAGAGUGUACUGGCUGAAGGCCAGGUUCUCCAUGAUUCAGAAUGACAAAGACGAAGCUGACUUCUGCUUUGACAAGCUCUCCUAUGUGAUGGACUGUGCCAAGGAGGAGAAGGACAUCACAUCCUUCAAGCUACAGAACUGUAAGGUGGAUGACAUAAUAUCAAAAGACCAGGUAGACAAACAGCAGGAGUCCCUCCAGCGCAGCCAGUCCCUGGAGGAGACCCAGAAGCUGUACGAGGCAGGGAGCUACGAUAAGGUGGUUGAGUUCCUGCUCCAGACCUUCUCUCAACCCCGCACAGCCAAGAAGAUAUCGGAGGCAGGCAGCUCUCUCCCCGAGCGGCACCGUCAGCUGAUGCUGCUCCAGGACUCGCUCUUCAAGCUCAAGGACUACAAGAAAUGUCUGCUGUGGGGUGAAGUGUCCUUCAAUGAAGCUCUCCAGUGUUACCGCAGGGCGUCGGGGCAGUCAAGGGAUGAAUGGCUCACUACCAUCAGACAGAUCUUUGACCACAUCAACAAAGUCCUGGACAUGGAUGAGAGCAUACUAAAGAGCCUCCCAUCCAGCAACACCGUCCGCCACACUCAGAACCUCAUCCGCAUGAUCGAGCUGACGAUGGACUCUUCGGACACUUCCCCCGAGGUGCCAAACACGGUCGUGUUGUCAUGGAUACUGUUAUCAAGACUCAUCAAAAGUGAGGAGGCCAAGUUGAGGUCCAUGCUGGCGCCAGGGGAGGAGGGGACCAACAUGGACGGCGCCAUCAGCAGCUCCCUCAUGCUGCUCAACGUCGCACACGAGUAUCUUGGGAGACACUCGUGGUGCACCAAGUCGGAUGGUGCUCUGCUGCUGUACUUCCUCAAUGAGCUGGAGCAGGAGAUGAAGAAGCCCCACUUCAUCAGGGAGGGGCUGGACAUGGCCCUGGAGCAGUGCAUCUUCUGUCUGUACGGACACCCACACAAGCGGGGCAAGGCCAAGCACCUGCAGGACCAUAACGCUCCACCGAUAUCUUUUGUCUGGGAAAAGGCCGGGAUAGUGUUUGACUACUUCAAACCCUCCACCUUCCCUGAGUACGACAGCUACAAAGCCAACACAGUGUCAGCUGAGUUUGAGAAUCUCCUCCGCCGGCUGUUUGCUCUGGUUCCAAGUGAUGUCGGUGCAGCCAAACAUCACGAGACAGUUCAGAACUACAUCGAAGGGAACACCAACACCGCCCCAUCCUCACAGACAGACAGCUCCAUCUUGAAGGGUCUGUAUUACCUCCUGGGCGACUACUACUUCAAGAAUAAGGAAACACCGAAGGCUAUCAAGUUCUACAUGUACGAUCUCGGCAGCAACCCCACCAGACUAGACUCGUGGGCAGGGUUGGCACUGGCGCGGAUGAGCCAGCUGGAACAGAAGCUCAGCUCGAUGGAGCUGCGCAUGGACAUCUCUAUACACAAGAAGUCUAUAGCAGCUCUGCGGUGUUUCCGCCGCGCGGUGGAGAUUGACGAGACACAGAGGAACCUGUGGAUAGAGUACGGCUCCCUGGCCUACCAGCUCCACUCACAUGCUUCCAGGCAACUCAAGAUGAGAGACUGGUUCCCCCUGUACGAGGAGCUGCUGGGGAUUGUGACGGACACAAAGCAGGAGAUGCUGCAGAUCGCCCAGAACUGUUACUGGAAAGCCAGCGAGUGUGAGGCUGAUGGCAGCGAGGAGGAGUGGCUGCACCACUACAUGAUAGGCAAGGUGAAGGAGAAGAAGAGGUGUCACCCUAAAGAAUACCUGGAGCACUACAGACAGGCAGCAAUCUACCUCCACGAAGAUGAGGCCUUCUAUCCCAAGAAGAUCACAUACGCCAACAGCCCACCCAAACUGGCUCUGGAAGCACUCGAGGUGUUCUACCGCCUGCACGUGGCCAUCCUGAAGCAGCUGCUGAAGAAGGACGGGAUGGUGGACUACGAGCUGUUCCAGCACUACCUCACUGAGGCUGCCGAGAGUCCAUUUGCAAAGGGCAAGGAGAAGAGGCAUGAAAGACGAGAGUCCCACUCUAACUCCAUGGACGAGAGCUCCUCCUCCAACCUCACCCCCCCAGCCUACAGCCAGCUGAAGGCCCGCCCUGUGUAUCACAUGACCCCCCAGGACCACACCUACUCCAAGCAGAAGAGCUCAGUGGACGGGUCGGACACGUCAUGUGAUGUGGUCAAGGAAGGUCAGGGCAGCGACAGCUCCCACUCCAAACCUGCAGCCGUGGCUGCUAAGGAGGGGCAGAAGUCGGAGGAUAAAUCUGGAAAAUCGGAAAAAGAAGCUGAAAGCAAACCUGAAGCCAUGGAGGUGUCGAAAGAUGGAGAUUUGCUAAAGAUCCAGAGACACGUGAGUACAGGUUUUGUGCCCAAAGAUGGGGAUGUUACAGCAGGAGGUGCUGAACAGAAGAGUGUGGGUAAGGAAUUGAAAUCAAUUCCCGAAGAAAAACGACAGAAAAGUGAUUCACAGGACAUCAAAGCCGAUAGUGCUAAGUCUGAAAGUGAUAAAGUGAUGCCAGAUGGUGAUAAAGUGAUGCCUGGUGAUGAUAAAGUGAUGCCUGGUGAUGAUAAAGUGAUGCCUGGUGAUGAUAAAGUGAUGCCUGGUGAUGAUAAAGUGACAUCUGGUGAUGAUAAAGUGACAUCUGGUGAUGAUAAAGUGACAGCUGACAAAGGCAAGGAUGCUUCUGACCCAAGUGAAACGAAACAGAAAGACAAGGACGAGUUGAAUGAUAGUGUGUUGGUGUUAGAUCCCGCCACUGGCCUGAUGGUGCCUAUGCUAGAGGAUGACAUGGAGGUUGAUGACGUGCUAGGAUCUGUAGUCAGUGACAAGAGUAAAGCCAAGACUGUGGAGGAUCUUGUGAAGGACCCCAAACCUGCUGCAAGUACUCCAGUCUUAGGGAAAGCCCCUCCUGUCCAUGACAUAGAUGUUAUUGAGAUUAGUGAUGAUGAAUCUUCAAAUCCUGCUAAAUCUACAGUAUCCUUGUCCCUUAAGAAGCCAUCUGACUCUUGUAAAGAUUCUGAAACUAAAGUUGGACCUGAAGCCAAAAAAGAGCUUUUUGGAAAGGUUAAGGAGAAUAGCACUAGUUCUAAGGACUCUCCGAAACGUGAAACCACAAAGACUGAGAAGUCUAAACCAGAUGAUGAAUCGCUUCAUGAUGAAUCAUCACGGUUGUCUGAUAACUCGGAUGAGUCGGACUCAUAUCAGCAGGACUCCCUGGACACAGAGAUCCUCCACACGGAGCUGAUUGACAAGUGUGUAGAUGCACUUCAUCUGUGUGUGCAGCGCUUCCCCACUCACUACAAGUCUCUGUACAGACUGGCUCACGUGUACAUGACAUCGCCAUACCACAAGAACCUGGAGUAUGCCAGGGACUUGUUGCUAGGCAACAACAACUGGCAGAACCUGUCUCACAUGCCCGGGCCAGGUCUGUUUGCAGAGAGACGGACAGCCAACUUCUUCCAGGGUAUAUGGAAGAUCCCCAUUGAAGAGAUAGAUAGAUCAGGGAGCUUCGCAUCUCACAUCCACCGUAGUGUGCGUCUGUUGCUGGACAUCCUCACAGAACAAAAGGACAUCAUGAUGCUGUACCACAUCCACAUCCAGCUGAACCGAUCUCUGGACACUGGCAAGAAAUAUCUCCGAGAUCAGGAGAGGAACUGCUUUGCCAAGUCGUCCUUCAAGGCAAUCCAAGAGGCCGUCACAGAGGAACUGAAGCAUUGGGACCGGAAGAAGCCCCGAGACAAGCAGCUGGACUACCUGAUGACUGUGUACAGAGUGUGGCAUCACUCAUCCCACAAGCUGAAUGCUUUUGUGGAUGGCUGUACAGACCUGUUUGUCAAGGUGUACAAACUUGUACAAAAGGAUUAUAUUGACAGCAGCCAGCCCAUCCUGGAACAAGCAACCAAAUUCUGUCAGCAAAGAUCAGCCAUGAACAGACCCUCAUCUCAGUCAUCGGAUGCGAACAAGUCGGCAAACCUGAGCACAGCAGGAUUCCUCUCACCUCCCACAAAUAAGGCCCCUUCUCAGACGUCUGACCACAGCUCACCCGGGGAUCCAGCCUUCCUCUCCCCAAAACAUACAGGACCUUUCUCACCUUCACCUAAAAAGAACAUUCAGUCUCCCUUCUCAUCACCCACUGGUCCAUCUAAGCUGCCCAUCCAAUCAGAUUUAACCAAAAUUCAAACCAGCCAAUCAGAUGGCAGCAAGGUAUCUACAAGCCAAUCAGAUGCCAGUUCGACUGGAACUACUAGCCAAUCAGAAGGAGAUGAUGCACUGGUGUUUCCGUCGCCAGGGAAACUGACUUCAGCGGUACAGGUACACCUUCCGCAUGGUCACUAUUAGUGAUGGUGUAUAUAUCUCUGUGUGGAGGCAUGGUGCAUAUUUCUGUACUGAUUUUGUCCACAGCUUAGCAAGCAAGUUGUUGCACUUUCUGAUGACAAAUAAAUAUUUUUGGAAGGCGCUUUUUGUGCAGAGCAUUGUUGUCUUUGUUUAUUUUCAUCUCUGUUCAUUCGUUACGCAUUUGAAUGCUGACUGACUACCAUGUACAUGCAGUAGAUUUAUUUGACAAUUCGUAGCUCGUUAUUUAAAAUCUUUUACUUGUGCUGCUAACUGUAAUGUAUUUAACAUGGCUGCUUUAUGAGGCAUGUGCAUUGAGUUAGUGUGUUACUCUACACAACAGAUGAGAAUGAUGCUGAGCAUUCCUGUUACGUCCCAAGGAUGGCUUACCUGCAAAAUUGUUUGUAGUUAUUACGUUUUCUCUCAUACACAAUAUCAAAAUUAGGUUAGCUCAUAAGUGAGGUAGCCAAAAGUCGGCCACCUUUUCUCUGCCACAAAACUUUUCAAAUUGCCUUAGUUUCAAUGUUAUAACAUGAAGUAAACAUGAUAUGUGCUUCCAACUACAAACAAGAGGAAAGAAACACAGGGGCGUUGGGGUAUGCCAAAGGUCUUGGUUCACAUGGGAAUAAUGUUUGAAGCCCGUUCCUGGUGUCGCUCAGUGGGAUUUUGGUGAUAUAUUGCUAAAAACCUUGUAAAACCAUACUCAUUCACUCCCUCUUUUUCAUCACGCUCCUGUGUACACAUGACUUGGUAAUGUGUGCUCCUAUGCUUUUUGACUGUGCUUACUAUUGAUUGUUAGCAAGUAUGCAACAGGGAUGUAUUUGAUAAACAAUAUCUUAAAAAUAAUCAGCGUCACAGGUUCAUUCAUGCACAAAAUACAAGACGAUCAUGUGAUAGUUUCAUGUAUGCAGUUGAAUUAGUAUAGUAGUAGUUAUAGGAGGCGAAUAGAUUGGGUGAUCAGGCUCGAACACUUGCUUGAUUGUGUGUCCUCAUACCCCGAUCGUUUCUCACAAUUUCAAUCACAGGAUGUCUCCUAAAGACUUGAUUAUUUGCACACCGCAAUGUUAUAGCUGGAAUAUUGCUGAUUACGGAGUAUAUUAAUUUUUUGUGUGCGUGCAGGUAACAGUAUAAGGAAUAAACAGAUAUCGACUUUUACUCAUUAACUACAAUAUGUAUUUGUUCUAGUUGUGUCUGAGAUUAGACAAGGUCAUCUGAAGUAAAAUGCUCAGUGUAGUAGUUGGAACAUUUGAUCCCAGAUGCUUGAUAUGUGAGGUUCCAUCUUAAUGUUCUUUAUCAACUACAUCCCUGUUCUGUGUAUCUGUAGUUCACUUGUUACUUAGCACCAAACCAAUGAUCUCAAAACAUAUUUGCAAAACAAAAUUGAAAUUGAAGUCCAGUUUUCAGAAUAUUAUUUUUCAUAUUGAAAAAGAUGUAAAUGAAUACUGAGGAAUAAAAGAAAAACUCAAGAAGUUACAGGAAAUCUGUUAUUGAUUUGGUGUCUCUUGUUGAAGAAGUCGCAAAUGUAUGGAAGAAAAUCAUGAUUAAAUCCUUCCAAACUG